AUGCUAAGUUUUGUAGGGCUGCAAUCUGCUAAAAGUGGGGAUAUUGCACCUUUCAAUGACAGUAGCAAUGACACCAUGAUGGUUCAUCAAUUUCAGGAAGCAGCCUCUAUUCCUGCAACUGGUGUUGAUGAUAUCCUUGAAAGGAAUGAAGAUCUUGUUGUGAAGAAUAGUGCAAAAUUGUUACCAGGGCGUCUAGAGUAUUCUAGGCUGGUGGAUGCCAAUAUGAUGGAACUUUCAAAUGGUCCCGUAAAAUCAGUCCAGUUUCACAAAAAUGCACAAUUGCUCCUUGCUGCUGGAUUAGAUAAGAUGAUAUGA